AUGUCUUCGUAUGCAAAUUCCGGGGUGGGUCAGCCCCAAGGUCAACAGGCACAACCGGGGCAGCCGGGCGCUCCCCAGGUCGCGUUACAACAACAGCAGAGCCAGCAGCGUCAACAGCACCAGCAACGGCUUCUGGAGCUUUUGGACCAAGUGAAGCAAGAGUUUGACUACGCCCUCAAUGAGGCGCUGAACUUUAAACAGGUCAAGGAAGACUACGAUCUCAAAUACAACCAGCAAACGGCCGAAAUGCAACAAAUCCGUCAAACGGUUUACGAGUUGGAAAUGGCCCACCGCAAAAUUAAAGAGGCCUACGAAGAGGAAAUUUUACGUCUUAAAACUGAGUUGGAAAACCGCGACCGCCAGGCGCAAUUGCACUCCCAGCAACAUAAGCCCAAUGGCCAACCCGUCCCUUACGGUUACCAACCCCAACCUGCAGUGGGCGGCGCACCCCAACCUCAACAGCAACCCCAACAACCGCCGGCGCUCAAGCAGUCAGCUCCCGUAGCUCCUAAGACCGAGCCGAAGCCGCUAGCUAAUGUCGCUGCCGCCCCCACUCUUCAGCCGGUUCCGGCGCCUAAGGACCCCGUGAAGCCUGAACAAGCCCCUGAAACGCUGACGGCUUUGCAGGUAAUUGACCUGUCCUUGUACGUUGUCAAUCCGGCACAAAAGGCUUUACACGUUAAGGAGAUUCCUCCGUUUCUUUCGGACUUGGAUGCUGCCAAGGCGAACCCUGACUUCAAGAAGCAAUUGGGGGAUUAUUAUGUUUUGUACAACCCCGCCUUCAAACGUGACUUGGACGUUGAACUUAUUCACUCGUUAGACCACUCACUGGUGGUUUGUUGCGUGCGGUUCUCGAAGGAUGGUAAGUUCAUCGCCACCGGGUGCAACAAGACGACUCAAGUGUUCAAUGUUGAAACUGGUGAACUUGUGGCUAAGUUGAUGGACGACCAGAAUCUGGGUGAAGGUGGCGAAGGUAAGGAAGGUGAAGGCGAAGUUGGUGGUGGUGUGGGCCUGAACGGCGACUUGUACAUUAGAUCGGUGUGCUUCUCGCCUGAUGGCAAAUACUUGGCUACCGGGGCUGAAGACAAGUUGAUUCGUAUUUGGGACUUGACGACUAAGCGAAUCAUCAAAAUUUUGCGUGGCCACGAACAAGACAUUUAUUCACUCGAUUUCUUCCCCGAUGGCAACCGGUUGGUGUCGGGGCUGGGUGACCGUACCGUGCGUAUUUGGGAUUUGAGACUGUCGCAAUGCUCGCUCACGCUUCUGAUUGAAGAUGGUGUCACGACUGUAGCAGUGCUGCCUGACGGCAACCUCAUUGCUGCUGGUUCGUUGGACCGUACCGUGCGGGUUUGGGAUUCGCUCACUGGCUUCCUUGUUGAACGCUUGGAUUCUGGCAAUGAAAAUGGCAACGGUCACGAAGACUCGGUGUACUCGGUGGCUUUCACUGUUAACGGCAAGCAAAUCGCCUCGGGUUCUUUGGACCGGACUGUGAAGUUGUGGAACUUGGAAGGCAAGGCGCUGAGUGGCCCCGGGGGCGCUCAAAAGAAGUCGUCGUGUGAAGUUACCUAUAUCGGUCACAAGGACUUUGUUUUAUCGGUUUGUCUGACGCCGAAUAAUGAGUACAUCUUGCUGGGCUCUAAGGACCGUGGGGUAAUUUUCUGGGACCAAUUAAGCGGGAAUCCGCUUUUGAUGUUGCAAGGUCACCGUAACUCGGUGAUUUCGGUAGCGACCCUCAAGUAUUGGGGUAAGCGUGAUGCUAAGCUCAAUCUUCCCACCAACUCAUCAAUCUCGGUCACCCUCGCCCAGCUGGACUUGAGAACGUUGACUUCGGUCGCCGCCUCCCCUGAGUUCAAGGAUGAUAAGUUGCUUAUUAACGGAGAAGAGCACCCUUUGACAUCGGCUCGUACCCAAGCUUGUUUGGGUGAACUUCGUCGGUUACGGCGCUCUAAGGAGGAAGCCACUGGCGCGGAAGCGUUGAGCUCUUACGGUCUUCGAAUUGUGUCUGAAAAUAACUUCCCUACCGCGGCCGGGUUGGCGCUGUCUGCGGCCGGGUUUGCAGCGUUAGUGUCGGCAAUCGCCAAGUUGUACGAGCUCGAUGAGGAUAUGAGUGAGCUUUCGAAAAUUGCCAGACAAGGCCUGGGCUCGGCUUGCCGGUCGUUGUAUGGUGGCUUUGUUGCCUGGGAAAUGGGCACAGCUGUUGACGGCUCCGACUCGAAAGCUGUGCAAAUUGCCGAUGUAGACCAUUGGCCAGGGAUGAAGGCGGCAAUUCUUGUUGUCAGUGACGACAAGAAGGAUACUCCUUCCACUACUGGGAUGCAAACCACGGUCGCGACUUCGGAAUUGUUUGAGGAGCGUAUAAAACAACAGGUACCCCGUCGUUUUGACGAAAUGAAGAAGCUGAUUUUGGAGAAAGAUUUCCCCACUUUCGCCAAACUCACUAUGCAAGACUCCAACUCGUUUCAUGCCGUGUGCUUGGAUUCGUACCCUCCUAUUUUCUAUCUCAACGAUACAUCUAAGCAAAUCAUCAAGUUGGUUCAUCAAUUGAACGAAAAGGAAGGCGUGAUUGCCGCCUACACUUUCGAUGCUGGCCCCAAUGCUGUCAUUUACUACGACGAAUCAAAUGAGUCUAAGGUGUUGGGCAUGCUUUACGAGCAUUUCGGUAAGGUUUCUGGCUGGGACAAAGCUGAUACGUCAAAGUUCCACCCGCUGGGAAUUUCCGCUAACCCGAACUUGUACCAAGGGGUCUCACGGGUUAUCUUGACGCAAAUCGGGCCUGGCCCACAGGUCAGCGACAUGUCACUUGUUGACACUAACGGAAAACAGGUGCAGUAG